AUGACAGCAGCCACUGCCACCACUACUGCAGCCCCUGCCACCAUAACUGUAGACGCCUCUACGACAGCCCCUGCCACCACAACUGGAGACACCACUAAGACAACCCAUUCCACGAAAGCUUUAGCCGCUACCAGAACAGCAGCCACUAAAACCACAAGUGCAGCCGCUACAUCAACUGCAGCUGCCACUAUGAUAACAGCCUCUGCCACUACAACUGCAGCUGCCACUAUAACAACAGCUGCUACCGCCACAACUAAAGACACCACUAAGACAAACCAUGCUACCACUACUGCAGCCCCUGUCACCCUAACUGUAGACGCCACGUCGACAACCCCUGCUACCACAACUGGAGACACCGCUAAGACAACCCAUGACACCACAACUUUAGCCGCUACCACAACAGCAGCCACAGCAACCACAAAUGCAGCUGCUACCACAACUGCAGCUGCCACUAUGACGACAGCCGCUGCAACCACAACUGCAGCUGCCACCACAACAACAGCCGCUGCCACCACUACUGCAGCCCCUGCCACCACAACUAAGGAUGCCAUUACGACAGCCCCUGACACCACAACUGGAGACACCACUAAGACAACUCAUGCCACCACUACUUCAGCCUCUACCAACACAGCAGCCACUGCAAUCACAAGUGUAGCUGCUACCACAACUGCAGCUGCAAUAACGACAGACCCUGCCACCACAAAUGCAGAUGCCACUACGACUCCUACCACAACUACAGCUUCCACUACGACAGCCUCUGCCACCAUAGCAACAGCAGUCACCAGCACAACUGUGGCUGCCACUACAACUACAGCAGCCACUACAACAGCAGUCGCUGCCACCACAACUCCAGCUGGUACCACAAGAGCAGCAGCUGCAACCACAACUGCAUUUGCCACCACUACGACUGCUACCACAACAGCAGCUGCCACCACGACGACAGCCGCUGCCACCACAACUGCAGCUGCCACCACGACAACAGCCGCUGCCACCACUACUGCAGCCCCUGCAACCAUAACUAAGGAUGCCACUACGACAGCCCCUGCCACCACAACUGGAGACACCACUAAGACAACUCAUGCCACCACAACUUUAGCCGCUACCAACACAGCAGCCACUGCAAUCACAAGUGCAGCUGCUACCACAACUGCAGCGGCAGUAACGACAGACCCUGCCACCACAAAUGCAGAUGCCACUACGACUCCUACCACAACUGCAGCUUCCACUACGACAGCCUCUGCCACCAUAGCAACAGCAGCCGCCACCACAACUGGAGACACCACUGCAACUACAGCAGCCACUACAACAGUAGCAACUGCCACCACAACUCCAGCUGGUACCACAAGAGCAGCAGCUGCAACCACAACUAUAACAGCCGCUACCACCACAACUGCAGACACCACUAAGACAACCCCUGUCACCACGACAGCAGCCGCUGCCACCACUACUGCAGCCCCUGCCACCGUAACUAAGGACGCCACUACGACAGCCCCUGCCACCACAACUGGAGACACCACUAAGACAACUCAUGCCACCACAACUUUAGCCGCUACCACAACAGCAGCCACAGCAACCACAAAUGCAGCUGCUACCACAACUGCAGCUGCCCCUAUGACGACAGCCGCUGCAACCACAAUGGCAUCUGCCACCACAACAACAUCCGCUGCCACCACUACUGCAGUCCCUGCCACCAUAACUAAGGAUGCCACUACGACAGCCCCUGCCACCACAACUGGAGACACCACUAAGACAACUCAUGCCACCACUACUUCAGCCUCUACCAACACAGCAGCCACUGCAAUCACAAGUGUAGCUGCUACCACAACUGCAGCUGCAAUAACGACAGACCCUGCCACCUCAAAUGCAGAUGCCACUACGAUUCCUACCACAACUGCAGCUUCCACUACGACAGCCCCUGCCACCAUAGCAACAGCAGUCACCAGCACAACUGUAGAUGCCACUACAACUACAGCAGCCACUACAACAGCAGCCGCUGCCACCACAACUUCAGCUGGUACCACAAGAGUAGCAUCUGCAACCACAACUGCAUUUGCCACCACUAUGACUGCCACCACAACUGCAGCCGCCACCACCACGACAGCCGCUGCCACCACAACUGCAGCUGCCACCACGACGACAGCCGCUGCCACCACUACUGCAGCCCCUGCCACCAUAACUGCAGACGUCACUACGACAGCCCCUGCUACCACAACUGCAGCCACAUAUACGACAGCCCCUGCCACCACAGCAACAGCAGCAGCCACCACAACUGUAGCCGCCACUACAACUACAGCAGCCACUACAACAGUAGCAAUUGCAACCACAACUCCAGCUGGUACCACAAGAGCAGCAGCUGCAACCACAACUGCAGCCGCAAUGACGACAGUCAUGGGCACCACAACAACAGCUGCCACUACCACAACACCUCCUGCCACCACAACUUUAGCCGCUACCAGAACAGCAGCCACUGCAACCACAAGUGCAGCUGCUACAUCAACUGCAGCUGCCACUAUGAUAACAGCUUCUGUCACUACAACUGCAGCUGCCACUAUAACAACAGCUGCUACCGCCACAACUAAAGACACCAAUAAGACAACCCCUGCAACCACAAAUUUAGCCACUACAAGAACAGCAGCAACUGCAACCACAAGUGCAGCUGCCAGUACAACUGCAGCUGCCACUACGACAACAACCCCUGUCACCAUGACAGCAGCCACUGCCACCACUACUGCAGCCCCUGCCACCAUAACUGUAGACGCCUCUACGACAGCCCCUGCCACCAUAACUGGAGACAACACUAAGACAACCCAUGACACCACAACUUUAGCCGCUACCACAACAGCAGCCACAGCAACCACAAAUGCAGCUGCGACCACAACUGCAGCUGCCACUAUGACGACAGCCGCUGCAACCACAACUGCAGCUGCCACCACAACAACAGCCGCUGCCACCACUACUGCAGCCCCUGCCACCACAACUAAGGAUGCCAUUACGACAGCCCCUGACACCACAACUGGAGACACCACUAAGACAACUCAUGCCACCACUACUUCAGCCUCUACCAACACAGCAGCCACUGCAAUCACAAGUGUAGCUGCUACCACAACUGCAGCUGCAAUAACGACAGACCCUGCCACCACAAAUGCAGAUGCCACUACGACUCCUACCACAACUACAGCUUCCACUACGACAGCCUCUGCCACCAUAGCAACAGCAGUCACCAGCACAACUGUGGCUGCCACUACAACUACAGCAGCCACUACAACAGCAGUCGCUGCCACCACAACUCCAGCUGGUACCACAAGAGCAGCAGCUGCAACCACAACUGCAUUUGCCACCACUACGACUGCUACCACAACAGCAGCUGCCACCACGACGACAGCCGCUGCCACCACAACUGCAGCUGCCACCACGACAACAGCCGCUGCCACCACUACUGCAGCCCCUGCAACCAUAACUAAGGAUGCCACUACGACAGCCCCUGCCACCACAACUGGAGACACCACUAAGACAACUCAUGCCACCACAACUUUAACCGCUACCAACACAGCAGCCACUGCAAUCACAAGUGCAGCUGCUACCACAACUGCAGCGGCAGUAACGACAGACCCUGCCACCACAAAUGCAGAUGCCAUUACGACUCCUACCACAACUGCAGCUUCCACUACGACAGCCUCUGCCACCAUAGCAACAGCAGCCGCCACCACAACUGGAGACACCACUACAACUACAGCAGCCACUACAACAGUAGAUACUGCCACCACAACUCCAGCUGGUACCACAAGAGCAGCAGCUGCAACCACAACUGUAGCCACUACCAGAACAGCAGCCACUGCAACCACAAGUGCAGCUGCCACCACAACUGCAGCUGCCACUACGAUAACAGCCGCUACCACCACAACUGCAGACACCACUAAGACAACCACUGACACCACGACAGCAGCCGCUGCCACCACUACUGCAGCCCCUGCCACCGUAACUAAGGACGCCACUAUGACAGCCCCUGCCACCACAACUGGAGACACCACUAAGACAACUCAUGCCACCACAACUUUAGCCGCUACCACAACAGCAGCCACAGCAACCACAAAUGCAGCUACUACCACAACUGCAGCUGCCACUAUGACGACAGCCGCUGCAACCACAACUGCAGCUGCCACCACAACAACAGCCGCUGCCACCACUACUGAAGUCCCUGCCACCAUAACUAAGGAUGCCACUACGACAGCCCUUGCCACCACAACUGGAGACACCACUAAGACAACUCAUGCCACCACUACUUCAGCCUCUACCAACACAGCAGCCACUGCAAUCACAAGUGUAGCUGCUACCACAACUGCAGCUGCAAUAACGACAGACCCUGCCACCUCAAAUGCAGACGCCACUACGAUUCCUACCACAACUGCAGCUUCCACUACGACAGCCCCUGCCACCAUAGCAACAGCAGUCACCAGCACAACUGUAGAUGCCACUACAACUACAGCAGCCACUACAACAGCAGCCGCUGCCACCACAACUUCAGCUGGUACCACAAGAGUAGCCCCUGCUACCACAACUGCAGCCACAUAUACGACAGCCCCUGCCACCACAGCAACAGCAGCAGCCACCACAACUGUAGCCGCCACUACAACUACAGCAGCCACUACAACAGUAGCAAUUGCAACCACAACUCCAGCUGGUACCACAAGAGCAGCAGCUGCAACCACAACUGCAGCCGCAAUGACGACAGUCAUGGGCACCACAACAACAGCUGCCACUACCACAACACCUCCUGCCACCACAACUUUAGCCGCUACCAGAACAGCAGCCACUGCAACCACAAGUACAGCUGCUACAUCAACUGCAGCUGCCACUAUGAUAACAGCUUCUGCCACUACAACUGCAGCUGCCACUAUAACAACAGCUGCUACCGCCACAACUAAAGACACCAAUAAGACAACCCCUGCAACCACAAAUUUAGCCACUACAAGAACAGCAGCAACUGCAACCACAAGUGCAGCUGCCAGUACAACUGCAGCUGCCACUACGACAACAACCCCUGUCACCAUGACAGCAGCCACUGCCACCACUACUGCAGCCCCUGCCACCAUAACUGUAGACGCCUCUACGACAGCCCCUGCCACCAUAACUGGAGACAACACUAAGACAACCCAUGACACCACAACUUUAGCCGCUACCACAACAGCAGCCACAGCAACCACAAAUGCAGCUGCGACCACAACUGCAGCUGCCACUAUGACGACAGCCGCUGCAACCACAACUGCAGCUGCCACCACAACAACAGCCGCUGCCACCACUACUGCAGCCCCUGCCACCACAACUAAGGAUGCCAUUACGACAGCCCCUGACACCACAACUGGAGACACCACUAAGACAACUCAUGCCACCACUACUUCAGCCUCUACCAACACAGCAGCCACUGCAAUCACAAGUGUAGCUGCUACCACAACUGCAGCUGCGAUAACGACAGACCCUGCCACCACAAAUGCAGAUGCCACUACGACUCCUACCACAACUACAGCUUCCACUACGACAGCCUCUGCCACCAUAGCAACAGCAGUCACCAGCACAACUGUGGCUGCCACUACAACUACAGCAGCCACUACAACAGCAGUCGCUGCCACCACAACUCCAGCUGGUACCACAAGAGCAGCAGCUGCAACCACAACUGCAUUUGCCACCACUACGACUGCUACCACAACAGCAGCUGCCACCACGACGACAGCCGCUGCCACCACAACUGCAGCUGCCACCACGACAACAGCCGCUGCCACCACUACUGCAGCCCCUGCAACCAUAACUAAGGAUGCCACUACGACAGCCCCUGCCACCACAACUGGAGACACCACUAAGACAACUCAUGCCACCACAACUUUAACCGCUACCAACACAGCAGCCACUGCAAUCACAAGUGCAGCUGCUACCACAACUGCAGCGGCAGUAACGACAGACCCUGCCACCACAAAUGCAGAUGCCAUUACGACUCCUACCACAACUGCAGCUUCCACUACGACAGCCUCUGCCACCAUAGCAACAGCAGCCGCCACCACAACUGGAGACACCACUACAACUACAGCAGCCACUACAACAGUAGAUACUGCCACCACAACUCCAGCUGGUACCACAAGAGCAGCAGCUGCAACCACAACUGUAGCCACUACCAGAACAGCAGCCACUGCAACCACAAGUGCAGCUGCCACCACAACUGCAGCUGCCACUACGAUAACAGCCGCUACCACCACAACUGCAGACACCACUAAGACAACCACUGACACCACGACAGCAGCCGCUGCCACCACUACUGCAGCCCCUGCCACCGUAACUAAGGACGCCACUACGACAGCCCCUGCCACCACAACUGGAGACACCACUAAGACAACUCAUGCCACCACAACUUUAGCCGCUACCACAACAGCAGCCACAGCAACCACAAAUGCAGCUACUACCACAACUGCAGCUGCCACUAUGACGACAGCCGCUGCCACCACUACUGAAGUCCCUGCCACCAUAACUAAGGAUGCCACUACGACAGCCCCUGCCACCACAACUGGAGACACCACUAAGACAACUCAUGCCACCACUACUUCAGCCUCUACCAACACAGCAGCCACUGCAAUCUCAAGUGUAGCUGCUACCACAACUGCAGCUGCAAUAACGACAGACCCUGCCACCUCAAAUGCAGACGCCACUACGAUUCCUACCACAACUGCAGCUUCCACUACGACAGCCCCUGCCACCAUAGCAACAGCAGUCACCAGCACAACUGUAGAUGCCACUACAACUACAGCAGCCACUACAACAGCAGCCGCUGCCACCACAACUUCAGCUGGUACCACAAGAGUAGCAUCUGCAACCACAACUGCAUUUGCCACCACUAUGACUGCCACCACAACUGCAGCUGCCACCAUGACGACAGCCGCUGCCACCACAACUGCAGCUGCCACCACGACGACAGCCGCUGCCACCACUACUGCAGCCCCUGCCACCAUAACUGCAGACGUCACUACGACAGCCCCUGCUACCACAACUGCAGCCACAUAUACGACAGCCGCUGCCACCACAGCAACAGCAGCAGCCACCACAACUGUAGCCGCCACUACAACUACAGCAGCCACUACAACAGUAGCAAUUGCAACCACAACUCCAGCUGGUACCACAAGAGCAGCAGCUGCAACCACAACUGCAGCCGCAAUGACGACAGUCAUGGGCACCACAACAACAGCUGCCACUACCACAACACCUCCUGCCACCACAACUUUAGCCGCUACCAGAACAGCAGCCACUGCAACCACAAGUGCAGCUGCUACAUCAACUGCAGCUGCCACUAUGAUAACAGCUUCUGCCACUACAAAUGCAGCUGCCACUAUAACAACAGCUGCUACCGCCACAACUAAAGACACCAAUAAGACAACCCCUGCAACCACAAAUUUAGCCACUACAAGAACAGCAGCAACUGCAACCACAAGUGCAGCUGCCAGUACAACUGCAGCUGCCACUACGACAACAACCCCUGUCACCAUGACAGCAGCCACUGCCACCACUACUGCAGCCCCUGCCACCAUAACUGUAGACGCCUCUACGACAGCCCCUGCCACCAUAACUGGAGACAACACUAAGACAACCCAUGACACCACAACUUUAGCCGCUACCACAACAGCAGCCACAGCAACCACAAAUGCAGCUGCGACCACAACUGCAGCUGCCACUAUGACGACAGCCGCUGCAACCACAACUGCAGCUGCCACCACAACAACAGCCGCUGCCACCACUACUGCAGCCCCUGCCACCACAACUAAGGAUGCCAUUACGACAGCCCCUGACACCACAACUGGAGACACCACUAAGACAACUCAUGCCACCACUACUUCAGCCUCUACCAACACAGCAGCCACUGCAAUCACAAGUGUAGCUGCUACCACAACUGCAGCUGCAAUAACGACAGACCCUGCCACCACAAAUGCAGAUGCCACUACGACUCCUACCACAACUACAGCUUCCACUACGACAGCCUCUGCCACCAUAGCAACAGCAGUCACCAGUACAACUGUGGCUGCCACUACAACUACAGCAGCCACUACAACAGCAGUCGCUGCCACCACAACUCCAGCUGCUACCACAAGAGCAGCAGCUGCAACCACAACUGCAUUUGCCACCACUACGACUGCUACCACAACAGCAGCUGCCACCACGACGACAGCCGCUGCCACCACAACUGCAGCUGCCACCACGACAACAGCCGCUGCCACCACUACUGCAGCCCCUGCCACCAUAACUAAGGAUGCCACUACGACAGCCCCUGUCACCACAACUGGAGACACCACUAAGACAACUCAUGCCACCACAACUUUAACCGCUACCAACACAGCAGCCACUGCAAUCACAAGUGCAGCUGCUACCACAACUGCAGCGGCAGUAACGACAGACCCUGCCACCACAAAUGCAGAUGCCACUACGACUCCUACCACAACUGCAGCUUCCACUACGACAGCCUCUGCCACCAUAGCAACAGCAGCCGCCACCACAACUGGAGACACCACUACAACUACAGCAGCCACUACAACAGUAGCAACUGCCACCACAACUCCAGCUGGUACCACAAGAGCAGCAGCUGCAACCACAACUGUAGCCGCUAUCAGAACAGCAGCCACUGCAACCACAACUGCAGCUGCCACUACGACAACAGCCACGACCAUCACAAAUGCAGACACCACCAAGACCUCACCUGCCACCACAACUUUAGCUGCUUCCACAACAUCAGCCACUGCAACCACAAGUGCAGCUGCUACCACAAGUGCAGCUGCUACCACAAGUGCAGCUGCUACCACAACUGCAGCUGCCCCUACGACAACAGUCGCUGUCACCGCAACUGAAGCUGCCACCACAACUACAGCUACCGCCACGACAACAUCCACUUACACCCCUACUGCAUCCCCUGCCACCGUAACUAAGGAUGCCCCUACAACAGCCCCUGCCACCACAACUGCAGACACCACCAAGACAACCCCUGUCACCACAACUUUUGCCGCUACCACAACUGCAGCUGCCACUACGCAGAUCUCUGCCACCACAGCAACAGCAGCCACCAGCACAACUGUAGCCGCCACUACGACUAAAGCAGCCACUACAACAGCAGCCACUGCCACUACAACUCCAGCUGGUACCACAAGAGCAGCAGCUGCAACCACAACUGCAGCCGCCACUACAACAUUUGAUGCCACCACAACUGCAGCCGCCACUAUGACUGCUGACAGAACUGCAGCUGCCACUACGACAACAGCCACUACCACCACAACUGCAGACACCGCUAAGAUACCCCCUUUCACCACAACUUUAGUCACUACCACAACAGCAGCCACUGCAACGACAACUGCAGCUGCCACUGCAGCAACAACUGCAGCUGCCACUGCAAUGACAACUGCAGCUGCCACUAUGAUGACAACAGCGACGACCAUCACAAAUGCAGACACCACUACGACAGCCCCUGCCACCACAACUAUAGCUGCCACUACGACAACACCCGCUACCACUACAAAGACAACCUCUGCCACCACAACUUUAGCAGCUACCACAACAUCAGCCACUGCUACCACAACUGCAGCUACCCCUACAACGACAGCCACUGCCACCACAACUGCAGCUUACACCACUACUGUAGCCCCUGCCACCGUAACUAAGGACCCCACUACGACAGCCCCUGCCACCACAACUGCAGACACAACUAAGAUAACCCCUGCCACCACAACUUUAGCCACUACCACAACAGCAGCCACAACAAUCACAAGUGCAGCUGCUACCACAACAGAAGCCACUGCAAUCAAAAGUGCAGCUGCGACCACAACUGCAGCUGCCCCUACGACAACAGUCGCUGCCACCGCAACUGAAGCUGCCACCACAACUACAGCUACCGCCACGACAACAUCCACUUACACCACUACUGCAGCCCCUGCCACCGUAACUAAGGAUGCCACCACAACUGCAGACACCACCAAGACAACCCCUGUCACCACAACUUUUGCCGCUACCACAACAGCAGCCAGUGCAACCACAACUGCAGCUGCUACCACAACUGCAGCUGCCACUAUGAUGACAACUGCAGCUACCACCAGUGCAGCUACUACCACAACUGCAGCUGCCCCUACGACAACAGUCGCUGCCACCGCAACUGAAGCUGCCACCACAACUACAGCUACCGCCACGACAACAUCCACUUACACCACUACUGCAGCCCCUGCCACCGUAACUAAGGAUGCCACUACAACAGCCCCUGCCACCACAACUGCAGACACCACCAAGAUAACCCCUGUCACCACAACUUUUGCCGCUACCACAACAGCAGCUGCCACUACGCAGUUCUCUGCCACCACAGCAACAGCAGCCACCAGCACAACUGUAGCCGCCACUACGACUAAAGCAGCCACUACAACAGCAGCCACUGCCACCACAACUCCAGCUGGUACCACAAGAGCAGCAGCUGCAACCACAACUGCAGCCGCCACUACAACAUUCGAUGCCACCACAACUGCAGCUGCCACUAUGACUGCUGACAGAACUGCAGCUGCCACUACGACAACAGCCACUACCACCACAACAGCAGACACCGCUAAGACAACCCCUUUCACCACAACUUUAGUCGCUACCACAACAGCAGCCACUGCAACGACAACUGCAGCUGCCACUGCAGCAACAACUGCAGCUGCCACUGCAAUGACAACUGCAGCUGCCACUAUGACGACAACAGCCACGACCAUCACAAAUGUACACACCACUACAACAGCCCCUGCCACCACAACUAUAGCUGCCACUACGACAACACCCGCUACCACCACAAAGACAACCUCUGCCACCACAACUUUAGCAGCUACCACAACAUCAGCCACUGCUACCACAACUGCAGCUACCCCUACAACGACAGCCACUGCCACCACAACUGCAGCUUACACCACUACUGUAGCCCCUGCCACCGUAACUAAGGGCCCCACUACGACAGCCCCUGCCACCACAACUGCAGACACAACUAAGAUAACCCCUGCCACCACAACUUUAGCCACUACCACAAAAGCAGCCACUGCAAUCAAAAGUGCAGCUGCUACCACAACAGCAGCUGCCACUACGACAACAGCCACGACCAUCACAAAUACAGACACCACCACGACCUCACCUGCCACCACAACCUUAGCUGCUUCCACAACAUCAGCCACUGCAACCACAAGUGCAGCUGCUACCACAACUGCAGCUGCCCCUACGACAACAGUCGCUGCCACCGCAACUGAAGCUGCCACCACAACUACAGCUACCGCCACGACAACAUCCACUUACACCAAUUCUGCAGCCCCUUCCCCCGUAACUAAGGUUGCCACCACAACUGCAGACACCACCAAGACAACCCCUGUCACCACAACUUUUGCCGCUACCACAACAGCAGCCAGUGCAACCACAACUGCAGCUGCUACCACAACUGCAGCUGCCACUAUGACGACAACUGCAGCUGCCACUACAACUGCAGCUGCCACUACAACUGCAGCUGCCACGACGACUUCAGCCACUACCACCAUAACUGCAGACCUCACUAACACAACCUCUGCCACCACGACAACAGCCGCUGCCACCACUACUGCAGCACCUCCCACCGUAGCUGUAGACGCCGCUAAGACAGCCCCUGCCACCACAGCUGCAGCUGCAAUUACGACAGACCCUGCCACCACAACUGCUAACGCCAAUGUGACUACUACCACAACUGCAGCUUCCACUACGCAGUUCUCUGCCACCACAGCAACAGCAGCCACCAGGACAACUGUAGCCGCCACUACGACGAAAGCAGCCACUACAACAGCAGCCACUGCCACCACAACUCCAGCUGGUACCACAAGAGCAGCAGCUGCAACCACAACUGCAGCCGCCACUGCAACAUUCUAUGCCACCACAACUGCAGCUGCCACUAUGACUGCUAACAGAACUGCAGCUGCCACUACGACAACAGCCACUACCACCACAACUGCAGACACUGCUAAGACAACCCCUUUUACCACAACUUUAGUCGCUACCACAACAGCAGCCACUGCAAUGACAACUGCAGCUGCCACUAUGACGACAACAGCCACGACCAUCACAAAUGCAGACACCACUUCGACAGCCCCUGCCACCACAACUAUAGCUGCCAUUACGACAACACCCGCUACCACCAAAAAGACAACCUCUGCCACCACAACUUUAGCAGCUACCACAACAUCAGCCACUGCUACCACAUCUGCAGCUGCCCCUACAACGACAGCCACUGCCACCACAACAGCCGCUGCCAACACUACUGCAGCCCCUGCCACCGUAACUAAGGGCCCCACUACGACAGCCCCUGCCACCACAACUGCAGACACAAUUAAGAUAACCCCUGCCACCAUAACUUUAGCCACUACCACAACAGCAGCCACAACAAUCAAAAGUGCAGCUGCUACCACAACAGCAGCUGCCACUACGACAACAGCCACGACCAUCACAAAUGCAGACACCAUCAAGACCUCACCUGCCACCACAACUUUAGCUGCUUCCACAACAUCAGCCACUGCAACCACAAGUGCAGCUGCUACCACAAGUGCAGCUGCUACCACAACUGCAGCUGCCCCUACGACAACAGUCGCUGCCAUCGCAACUGAAGCUGCCACCACAACUACAGCUACCGCCACGACAACAUCCACUUACACCACUACUGCAGCCCCUGCCACCGUAACUAAGGAUGCCACUACAACAGCCCCUGCCACCACAACUGCAGACACCACCAAGACAACCCCUGUUACCACAACUUCUGCCGCUACCACAACAGCAGCUGCCACUACGCAGUUCUCUGCCACCACAGCAACAGCAGCCACCAGGACAACUGUAGCCGCCACUACGACUAAAGCAGCCACUGAAACAGCAGCCACUGCCACCACAACUCCAGCUAGUACCACAAGAGCAGCAGCUGCAACCACAACUGCAGCCGCCACUACAACAUUCGAUGCCACCACAACUGCAGCCGCCACUAUGACUGCUAACAGAACUGCAGCUGCCACUACGACAACAGCCACUACCACCACAACUGCAGACACCGCUAAGACAACCCCUUUCACCACAACUUUAGUCGCUACCACAACAGCAGCCACUGCAAUGACAACUACAGCAGCCACUGCAACGACAACUGCAGCUGCCACUACGACAACAGCCACUUUCAUCACAAAUGCAGACACCACUACGACAGCCCCUGCCACCACAACUAUAGCUGCCACUACGACAACACCCGCUACCACCACAAAGACAACCUCUGCCACCAAAACUUUAGCAGCUACCACAACAUCAGCCACUGCUACCACAACUGCAGCUGACCCUACAACGACAGCCACUGCCACCACAACUGCAGCUUACACCACUACUGCAGCCCCUGCCACCGUAACUAAGGGCCCCACUACGACAGUCCCUGCCACCACAACUGCAGACAUAACUAAGACAUCCCCUGCCACCACAACUUUAGCUACUACCACAACUGCAUCUGCCACUAUGACAACAGCUUCUACCACCACAAAUGCAGACACCACUAAUGCAACCCCUGCCACCACAACCUUAGCCGCUUCCGCAACAUCAGCCACAACUGCAGCUGCUACCACAACUGCAGCUGCCUCCAAGACAACAUCCGCUUACACCACUACUGCAGCCCUUGCCACCGUAACUAAGGACACAUGACAACAGCCCCUGCCACCACAAAUGCAGACACCACUAAGACAACCCAGACCACCACAACUUUAGCCGCUACCACAACAGCAGCCACUGCAAUCAAGUGCAGCUGCUACUAAGACAUCAGCCGGUACCACCACAACCGAAGCUGUCACUAUGACGACAGCCACUGCCACCACAACUGCAGACACCACUAUGGCAACCCCUGCCACCACAACUUUAGCCACUUCCAUAACAUUAGCCACAGCUACCACAACUGCUGCUGCCACUUCGACAACAGUCACUACCAGCACAAAUGCAGACACCACUACGACAACCCCUGCCACCACAACUGGAACCACCACUUCACAGCCGCUGCCAUCACAAUUGCAGCUUCCACUAUGACAGCAGCAGAUGCCACCACAUCUGGUGUCACCGGAAUGUAAACGCCACAACUGCCACUACGGCAGCCUCUGCCACCACAACUUCAACCGCUACAACAACAGCCGCCUCUGCCACCACAACUGUAGCCGCCACUAUGACAGGCCAUGUCACCACAAUUGGAUCCGCCACUACGAUAGUCGGUGCCAUCCCAACUGCAACUUCCAGUAUUACAGCAGCCGCUGCAACCACAACUGAGGUAACCACAUCUGCAACAGCCACCAUAACUGCUGCUGCCACUAGGACAACAGCUGCUGCAACCACAUCUGCAGUUGCUGCCAACAUAACUAUAGCCGCCACUAUGACAUCCGCUGACACUACAACUCCAGCUGCCACCACAACUGCAACCACCACUACGACAGGCCCUGCCUUACAACUUCAGCCGCUACCAAAACAAUCGCCACUGCCACUUCGACAACCCUUGCCACCAUAACUUUAGCUGCCACUAUGAAAGGUUCUGCCACCACAGCUGCAGCUGGUAACUGAACUGCAGCUGCCACUAUGACAACAGCUGCUGCCGCUACGACAGCCCUUGCCACCAUAACUGCAGCUGCCAGUACGGAAGCUACUGCCACCACAACUGCAGCUGUCACUACUACUGCCACUACCAUAACUGUAGCUGCAGCCGUUACUACCACUGCCAUUGCCACCACAACUGCAACUCCCAAUAUGAAAGCAGACGCUGCCACCACAACUGUAGCUGCCACCACAACUGUAGCCACCACUACAACAGCCCCUGCUACCACAACUGUAGCCACCAUCAAUACAACUGUAGACGUCAAAACGACAGCCCCUGCCAGAACAACUUCAGCCACUACAACAAUGGCAUCUACCACUAUGAUAGCCCCGAUUGGCCCAAGCAAGUAUCUUCUUAUUAUUGGAGUCCUUUAGUAGUGGUUUCUUUGCAGCAGUUCGACCAUGAAGGCCUGAUUCACGCAGUGUCCUCUGAACAGUUGAUGUUGAGAUGUGUCUGUUACUUGAACUCAGUGAAGCAUUUAUUUGGACUGCAAUUUGAGGUACAGUUAACUCUAAUGAACUUAUCCUCUUCAGCAGAGGUAACUCUGGGUCUUCCUUUCAUGUGGCGGUCCUCAUGAGAGCCAUUUUCAUCUUAGUGCUUGAUGGUUUUUGCGAAUGCACUUGAAGAAACUUUCAAAGUUCUUGAAAUUUUCUGGAUUGACUGACCUUCAUGUCUUAAAGGAAUGAUGGACUGUCGUUUCGCUUUGCUAUUUUCAGCUGUUCUUGCCAUAAUAUGGACUUGGUAUUUUACCAAAUAGGGCUAUCUUCUGUAUACCACCCUUACCUUGUCACAACAGAACUGAUUGUCUCAAACGCAUUCAUUUGUGGAAUUCUUUCCUUCUUAACUUUUAACAAGGAAAACCUGUUAAUUGAAAUGCAUUCCACCUCAUUAAGCUGGUUGAGAGAAUUCCAAGAGUGUUCAAAGCUGUCAUCAAGGCAAAGGGUGGCUACUUUGAUGAAAGUGUAAAAUAUAUUUUGAUUUGUUUAAUACUUUUUUGGUUACCACAUGAUUCUGUGUUAUUUCAUAGUUUUGAUGUCUUCACUAUUAUUCUACAAUGUAGAAAAUAGGAAAAAAUAAAGAAACCCUGGAAUGAG